AUGGCGUCCUCUCCACUGAAGUAUUACCAAUCUGAUGAUUUGAAUGCAAAACUAAUGCUUAAAACAUAUUUUUCAGCAACAGUGGAUAAAAAUAUUUUACAGGAUGCAGUCAUAUUGCCAUUGAAGCUACUUCACAAAGUGUUUUCCACAGAAAACAUUAGUGGAAAUAUCCUAAUUGAUCUAUCUCUUGGUCCCAGCAUCUAUCAACUCUUCCCAGCCUGUGCAUUAUUCAAAGAAAUUAUAAUUUUAGACUGUAAUGACCCAUGUGUCGAGGAACUGAAAAAAUGGGUGAAUAAAGAUCCAGAUGCCCAUGAUUGGACUUUUGCUGCACAAAUUGCAGCCGAGGAAGGAGAUGCAAGUGGAAGCUAUCAAGAUAUAGAAGCUAUGGUGAGAAGAAAAGUGAAAUGUAUUGAGAAGUGUGACCUGGCCAAGAAGAACCCUACAUCUCCAAGAGAGCUUCCAAAGGCAGACUGCAUCCUCUCUGUCCGAAUGCUGGAUGUUGUUUGUGAAGAUAAGAAUGCGUACCGCAGAGAUCUGAGACAUAUGUCAUCUCUGCUAAAAGUUAGGGGGCAUUUAAUAUUGAUUGCAGAUAUCCACUCUACUUUUUAUUUUAUCGGGGAAGAUAAGUACCAGGCACUAGAUUAUGAUGAAAACUUUCUACAAGAAACUCUAAAUGAUGAAGGUUAUUUGGUUAAAGCUUUUAUACCAAUAGAAUUGGAGAGAUCCUCUGAUCUCUAUGAAGUUAAAAAAUCAAUACUUGUUGUUGCUCAAAAACAAUGA